AUGAAAAGCUCACUGAAAUGGGAGAGGCGCUUUUUUGCGCCUUGGGUGUGUAGAAGGUGUUACAUGAGCAAUAACGAAAUAAGUAAAUUUAAAAUCAGAAAAAGUAACCGUGAGCAUGGCCCAGAGGAAUUGAAGGAGCCCAGUAAGAUGCGGAAGGCUGUGGGGGGGAAACAGAUGUGUAGCGAUUUAACAACCCCUUUCGAAAUAUACAAAUGGUCGCACAUUCUUAACACAAAAAAUGAGAGUUUAAUAGAUGACGUAAUAAGGCAGGUGGAAGGAAAAAAGAAAAAGAACAGAACGGAGAAGAAUAGCCCACAUAGGAAUACCAUGAUAAGUACAAGGAAGGAUGCUACCCCUAAUAUACAAUACAGCGAUAGCAUAGGUUCUUCGCUGGAUUUACACAGAGCUGCUCAUCGUUACCAUAUUGUAAUAAAUGACAAGGAAAAUGACAUAUAUGUAGAAAAGGAAAUAAGUACCUUUUUUUCCAACAUGAUAAACAAUCUGGAAGAUCGUUUGCAUAAUAAUCCAUCGGCCAUGAAGUUGCUAGAAAUGGCAAAGGAAAACGAAUCUCACAUAUUUUACUACCUCUAUAAUAAUUUCAAAAUUGUACGUGUGUUACCAUAUAAAUGUUUUUGGCACUAUGAAUAUCCUGAGGACAUUUUCCCCGCAGAUCUUAGACAAAAUGAGGAAGGACAUGAUAAUGAGUAUUUGUUUAAAAAUAUAGAUUUAAAUAAACUGGACUUAUUGCUCAGGGGGGAAGAAGACAUGCUAUGUGGCACAGAAAAAAAUAGGAGCAGAAAAAUGGCCAAGGCAUAUGACCAGGGCAAACUUAAUGAUGAUGAAAGGGAAAAUGUGAAUCUGAAUGAAGAGCAGGUGGGUGUUAAUCAUAAAUUUAAAUUUUGCAGUCGGGAAGAAGGGGUCUUACCUAAGAGCGAAACCAACCACGGGGUGGGAACAAAUUAUACCUCAUUUGGUCAAAUGAAGGAAGAAAAGUCAAAUGGCCGCAAGGCAGUUACUAAGGAAGUACACACACAGAGCGACUACCAUUUUUUGACAACACCGUUUGAGAAUAAACCUCCACAUAACUCCCCCUGGAUGGAUACAAAAAGGUUUUUCUCAACCAUAGGCACAUCAAAUAAUGCAAACACUUCACACAGGGUGAAAUCUCAAAUUUUCCACAAUGCUAAAAAAUUUGAAGAUAUCGAUAUUGCGAAUCAAGGUGAUAACAUAAAAAGGGAUAAUUGGGGAUGCACCGUCAAAAGUGAUCUUUUAAAGGGAGGUGCAGAUAAUAUUAACACAUGUACUGGCGCAGAGGAGAAAAAAAAUACACAUGUAGAUAUAGAGGAGGAAGAAGGAAAUUCUGCGGAAAAUUUAAGUCAUGGAAAAAUGGUGGAUGAGCAUGACUUCAAUUAUGACAUUAACGUUUUAAAUAACAAAAUAAUAUGCACGGAUAAAUCGGAAAGGACAAAUUUUAGAAUCAGUAAAGUGCCCGUAUCGCCCCUCAGCAGGGCCACCGUUUUUGGAAAGGUUUUGUUGGAUAUUGCCAAGAAUAGUAGCGUGGAAUACCUUAAGAGUAGGUUAGCCAGGGGUUUUGGGGGAGGUGAUGCUGCAGAUAGCGGUAUGCAUAACACAAUUGUGAGCGAGAAAAAUGCGGAAAUUCUGGCAAAUGGUUUGAGCAAAAUGAGAGGAGUAGUCCUAAAGCUCGGCCAAAUGAUCAGUUUGCAAGACGAGCAUCUGUCGCCCAUUUUGGGGAAAGCCCUAAAAAUGGUUUGCAAUUCAGCGGAUGUAAUGCCCACGAUCCAAUUAAAAAGUGUUUUGAAAAAUGAGUUUGGCAAAGAUUAUGAGAAAAAAUUCGACUCGUUUGAUUAUAUCCCUUUUGCAAGUGCAUCUAUAGGACAGGUCCAUAAAGCAAUAAUAAAUAAUAAAAAAGUAGCAGUGAAAAUUCAGUACCCAGGUGUGUACGAGUCCAUCGAUAGUGACAUAAAAAAUGUACUACUUAUUAAUCAGUAUACCAAUUUGAUACUAAAAAAUUUAUAUAUUGAAAAUGUGUGUAGAGAAAUUAAGAAGGAAUUAAAAUGUGAGUGUGAUUAUAUUAACGAAGCAAAAUAUUAUGUCCUCUUUAAAAAUAUUUUUAAAAAUAGCAAAUAUUUUUAUGUACCUUCCGUGUACACUGAAUAUGUGACAAAACACGUGUUGGUAACUUCCUACGUGGAAGGUAUAAGCCUAGAUGAAGUCGCAGAGAAAUUCCCACAAGCCAUACGGGAUUCCAUAGGUCAAAGAAUUCUUUACCUCUGUUUACACGAAUUGUUUGUCUUUAAAAUUAUGAACACGGAUCCUAAUUUGGGCAAUUUUUUAUAUGAUCAAGAAAGGGACAAGUUAUGCUUAAUAGAUUUUGGGGCCACUAGAUCUUACAAAAAUGAGUUUGUUGAUAAUUAUUUAAGACUUGUGAAAGCGUCGGUGGAGGAAGACGAAGCUAAAAUUUAUCACUAUUCCUAUGAGCUUAACUUUUUUGUAGGUAAGGAAAUUGAAGAAAUGAAGAAUUCGCACAUCAAAUCGGUGAUCCUAGUGGGGGAGCCCUUCAAAUAUCCAGAGUACGAUUUUGCCAAUAACGAUAUUGCAAAGCAGAUAUAUAAGCUGUUGCCCAAAAUUAUUUACAAUAGAUUGGUACCCCCCCGCUCCGAAAUUUACACGCUGCAUAGAAAAUUGUCCGGCUCCUUUUUAAUUUGUAUGAAACUCAAGGCAAAAGUGAAGGCCGCGCAUAUCUUUAACUCCAUUUAUGACAAUUACAAGUUCACAACGGAGGAUACCUAUUUGCGGGAUCGACUCAGGACAUACUAA